AUGAGUACAAUGCCAGUUAGUUCUUCAACCCUAUUGCCACUAGAAUUGGUUGAUAAAUGUAUCGGUUCCCGGAUUCACAUUAUCAUGAAAAACGACAAGGAAAUAGUGGGAACCCUUUUAGGUUUUGACGAUUUCGUUAAUAUGCUUCUAGAAGAUGUUACAGAAUAUGAAACUACCCCAGAAGGAAGGAGGAUUACGAAAUUGGAACAAAUAUUACUCAAUGGAAACAAUAUAACAAUGCUAGUACCAGGUGGAGACAUGCCAGAAUAA